CGAGUUUAUUACAAAACACAAGGCCCUCGUUCGUUCAUGUCUUCUCCAAGGACUUUGUGGUCGGACCAUGAACUAGAACUGGAUAAGGAAAAAAGGUAAAAUUACAAAGAAAAUAUGCUGAUGUCAACAUUGCCUUUUGCAUCAGCUUCCACCAUGGUUUUCUCAAUGAAAACACCUUCUUUCCAAUCAAACUCUCUCAAGCAUUGCUGUAUUCAUAACUGUUACAAUCACCAUCCUUCUCGAAGGCUCGCUCUAUUUCAACUCGGCACAGCUAUCCCUCAGUCACAAUUGCUUGGUGCAAAUGCGGCUAAAUUAUUUGGAGCAGAACGAAACUCAAUUGAGGAUGGUAAAUCUGAAAACAUAGCUACUGCUUUUAAGGAGCAAGAUGCAUUAAAUUGGGUUAAAAAGGACAAUAGAAGAAUGCUUCAUGUUGUUUACCGUGUUGGAGAUUUAGAGAAGACUAUAAAGUUUUACGCUGAAUGCUUAGGAAUGAAGGUGUUAAGGAAACGUGACAUACCCGAGGAGCAAUAUUCAAAUGCUUUUCUUGGAUAUGGACCUGAAGAUUCUCAUUUUGCUGUUGAACUUACUUACAAUUAUGGAGUUGAUAGGUAUGAUAUUGGGAACGGAUUUGGUCAUUUUGGUAUUGCUGUAGACGAUGCUUCAAAAACAGUGGAUCUAGUAAAGGCAAAGGGGGGAAAGGUUACAAGGGAACCUGACCCUGUUAAAGGAGGGAAUACGAUAAUCGCUUAUAUCGUAGAUCCAGAUGGCUAUACGUUUGAACUUUUAGAGAGGAAGCCUACACCUGAGCCCUUUUGUCAAGUAAUGCUUCGAGUCGGUGAUCUCGAUCGAUCUAUUAAUUUCUACAAGAAGGCCUUUGGCAUGGAGCUUCUUCGAGUAAAAGAUAACCCAGAGUACAAGUAUACGACAGCCAUGCUGGGCUAUGGUCCUGAAGAUAAAAAUGCAGUGCUCGAAUUGACAUACAACUACGGUGUCAAUGAAUAUGAUAAAGGAAAUGGUUAUGCGCAGAUAGCAAUAGGCACAGAUGAUGUUUAUAAGACAGCAGAAGCAAUUAAGCUAUUUGGAGGAACUGUUAUUCGCGAGCCUGGACCCUUGGCGGGAAUCAACACUAAGAUUACGGUUUGCCUGGACCCUGAUGGCUGGAAAUCAGUCUUUGUUGAUAACAUUGAUUUCCUCAAGGAGCUCGAGUGAUCACAUAUAAUUAUAGCUGCUACCCCUGUCGAUUCAUUCCUGAUAGAAAUGCAGUAGCAAUUUUUCUGUUUAGAAUUUAGAUGCUGCAUUCUAUCGCCUGUUUCAAUCCCGAAGUAACCUCUCUGCUCGGAAUUGCCUUCUACCUCCCUUUUAGUCCAUGCGGGGAUGUCACUAUGAACUCCAAAGAUCACACCUGGAAAUCAGUGUAAACUCUGUUAAUACAGGAAGUAGUAACAAAGAUAAUCGACUUACAUUCUAUUCGAAUACGAGACUUAGCUUACACUUCUUUUUAGUGUA